AUGGACGCCUCCUCCCUCCGCAUCUCCAAGUUCGAUGGAACUAACUUCCACGCCUGGAAGUUCAAGAUGCAGAUGGUGCUGGAGGAACGGGACCUAUGGGAGGUCGUCAGCGGUGAGAUCAAGGCGGAACAGUGCGAGACUCAGUUGGACCAAGCGACGUACAAGAGGAAGUCAAGAAAGGCGAUGGCAGUGAUCUGUCUAGCCAUGGAAGAUUCCCAGCUACCGUUGGUCCGGUCGGCAAGUGGUGCAUGCGACGCAUGGUCAAGGUUGGAAGACCACUUCGAGAAGAAGAGUCUUGCCAACAAGCUGUUCUUGCGCCGUCGCUUCUUCACGACAAUGAUGGAAGAAGGCGACGAUGUGCUCGAACACAUCAACAAGCUCAAGACGCUGGCGGAACAGCUAGAAGCGGUGGGGGCUCCAGUCUGCGAGGACGAUCUGGUGAUCACACUCCUCGGCAGCCUGAGUGACUCGUAUCAAUUCUUGAUCACAGCUUUGGAGUCGCGCUCAGACACUCUUAGCUGGGAGCUCGUGACGUCUCGACUGCUUCAUGAAGAAAUGAAGCGGAAGGAGCAAGGAAGUAAAGGUGAUGAAGCUUCGCAAGGUCAAGCGUUCAUCACAAGGGGACAAUCAGCGCAAAGGGCGACCAGUGAAGAAGUCCUGGCCGUGCCACAAUUGCGGAAAGAUUGGUCACUGGAUGGCGGACGUGCUCAAGACAGCGGCGACCGCUAUCGAUCACAACGUGCAAACGUCGCUCAAGAAGAAGACUCGGGCGACUACCUCUUUUCGAUCGGUGAAACGACAUCUGCGAAAUCGAGCGACAUCUGGCUGGUCGACUCCGGGGCGACGCAGCACAUGACGUGCUCCAAGAAGUUCAUGCGGAACUACAAGGGGUUUGACGCUGUGGAUGUCCAUCUCGCGGAUGAUGGAAUCGUCCAAGCAAUCGGCAGUGGGGACAUUGUCAUGUCGAUGAAGACACCCCAAGGGAUGAAGAAAGGUGUGCUCACAAACGUGUGGCACAUCCCAAAGUUAUCCAGAAACCUGUUCUCGGUCGGCCGCUUCACCAAGGAUGUCGGCCCAGUGACGUUCACGAAGGAUGGGUGCUAUGGAGAAGCGAAAGGGACCAAGUGGAAAAUUGGUGCCCGUGAAGGUAAAGGACUGUUCAAGCUGCAAAUGACUCCAGUGGCGCCGGAACAAGCAAAUGCAGCCAAGUCGUCGGGAUGUCAAGGGGGCACCAAGUCGUACCUCUGGCACCUUCGGCUUGGCCACAUAGGUCACGAUGGACUCAAUUGCAUCGUGACGAAGAACAUUGGAAUUGGCAUCGACAUAUCUUCGGUGAAGAAGUGGGACGUGUGUGAAGGUUGUGCUCUGGGAAAACAGACUCGAGUGCGCUUCCAAUCAAACACUACAGCUCGCACCUCCAAACUCCUCGAAGUGAUUCACAGCGACGUAUGCGGACCGAUGUCGAUGGCAACUUUCAGUGGAAAACGGUACUUCGUGACAUUCAUUGAUGACAAGUCAAGAUACUGUGUCGUCUAUCUGCUCAAGAGCAAAUCUGAAGUUGCGGCGAAGUUCAUGGAAUACGCUGCGAUGGCCGAAACGCAAACCGGAAAGCGCGUGAAGUACCUUCAAAGCGACAAUGGGGGUGAAUACAAGUCCGACAAGCUGGCACGAUUCUGCGCGGAACGGGGAAUACAACAAAGGUUCACACCCCCAUAUACUCCUCAGCUAAACGGAGUAGCUGAGAGAAUGAAUCGCACGCUGGUCGAGUGUGCGCGUUGCAUGAUGAAACACGCUGGACUGGGAAAGAGCUACUGGGGUGAAGCAGUGAUGACGGCGAUGUUUCUUCGAAACCGCUGUCCAACACGUGCCAUUCACCAAGACAAGUCUCCAUAUCAAGUGUGGACGAUGAAGAAACCGAUUCUGGCCAACCUUAAAGUGUUUGGAUGCCACGCGUAUGUUCAAGUGCCUCAAGACAAACGCGCGAAGUUCGACUCCAAGUUGAUGAACUUUAGACUUCUUGGUCCGAGUGCAAAACGCAAAGUGAAUAUAUAUUUAUAA